AAAAUUGUAGUGGAGUUGUUGAAGUGGAAAAAGCCACACACACUGAAGUAGGUGAAGACCAAACUGUAUAAAUAAAGGUUACGUGUUGCUACGUGUCUUCACUCUUCACAUGGCGCCGGCGGCGAGAACCGACCCAAUCAUGACAUGCCACGUGGUGGCCGUCCCUUAUCCCGGCAGGGGCCACGUCAACCCCAUGAUGAACCUCUGCAAGCUACUCACCAAUUCCAAGCCCGAUCUCCUCAUCACCGUCGUAGUCACGGAGGAGUGGCUCGGCAUCAUCGGCUCCGAGGAGAAGCCGCCAGGUAUUUGCUUCGCCUCCAUCCCGAACGUCUUGCCGUCGGAGUUGGUUCGCGCCUCCGACAUGCCGACCUUCGUGGGGGCUACCCAGACUAAGAUGGAGGAGCCGUUUGAGCUGCUGCUCGACCGGCUCGACGCGCCGGUUAAUUUUAUAAUUGCCGAUACGUUCUUGUACUGGGCGGUUGAGGUUGGGAAGCGGAGGAAUAUUCCGGUAGCGUCACUCUGGCCGAUGCCCGCAUCGGUGUUCUCGGUAUUUUACCAUUUUGAUCUCCUCGAACGGAACGGCCAUCACCCCUUCGAAUUAUCUGAAAGAGGGGAAGAACGAGUGGAGUACAUCCCUGGAAUCCCUUCGAUUCGUUUGGCGGAUACUCCCUCCCUUGCCCACAUGAAGGAUCAACGACUGCUUCGUCUAGUCCGUAGAAUUUUUCCAAACGUAUCCAAGGCACAAUAUCUGUUGAUUUCUUCCAUCUUUGAGCUAGAACCACAAGUUAUAGAAGCUCUGAAGCAAGAAUUCUCAUUCCCUGUACACACGUUUGGCCCUGCCAUACCUUACUUCAAUCUCAGAAAAGCUACUUCUUUCUUGACUAGUCAGAAUGAUCACGACCAUCACUAUUUUGAGUGGUUGAACUCUCAACCUCCAUGUUCGGUUCUAUAUGUGUCGUUGGGAAGCUUCCUCUCGGUUUCAAGUGCCCAAAUGGAUGAAUUUGCUGAUGGAUUGCGUGAAAGUGGCGUUAGGUUCUUGUGGGUGGCUCGUGGGGAGGCCACGAGGCUGCAAGAACGAUGUGGGGACGUGGGGAGAGUGGUGCCUUGGUGUGAGCAGCUGAAGGUGUUGUGCCACUCGUCGGUUGGUGGAUUCUGGACACACUGCGGGUGGAAUUCGACGAUGGAAGCUAUUUUUGCUGGUGUGCCGGUAAUAGCUUUUCCUCUAACAAUGGAUCAGACCACCAUCCGUAAGCAUGUUGUUGAGGACUGGAAGAUGGGGUGGGAUGCUAAGAAAGGGUUGGAGGCUGGGAAUUUGUUGAGGAGUGCGAGAAUUGCUGAGCUUGUUAAGAAGUUGAUGGAUUUGGAAUGCGUCGAGCGGAAGGAGAUCGCUGCGAGGGCUAAAGAACUGCAGAAGGUGACUUUACAAGCAGUUUCAGAAGGAGGGUCGUCCAAGGCGAAUCUCACUUCUUUCCUCGAUGAUAUUGCAUCGUUUAGCUGAAAGAUUAAUUCAACACUGUCUUGGUGGGCAACUGCAGAAACAUCAAAACAUGAAUGAAUUUGCAAGUGCACAUGAUUGGGAAGUCUGGAGUUACUAUUUCCAUUUAUAGUAUAUAUGCAAGUGCACAUGAUUGUGGAGUCUGGAGUUAGUAUUUCCAUUUAUAUAUGUUUCUUCCUCGUCUCGAUUCUCUAUGUUAAAGUUGAUAUGCAAUAAAGAAAUAAUAAAUUAUA